AUGGAAUCAUCUUUAACAUGCAGACAUGAAGCAAAAUUCAUUCAACAAAUUGUUGAAGAGGUUUCGCUAAAGCUACAUUUCUUUAAUUCAAGCAUUGAUGAGAAGUUAGUAGGCAUGGAGACCCGGCUAAAGCAUGUGGUUUCAUCAUUAGAAAUUGAUUCUGAUGACAUCCGUAUGAUUGGGAUUUGGGGUAUGGGAGGUAGUGGGAAGACGACGUUGGCCCGAGCUAUUUUUGAUCACAUAUCCAUUUGGUUUGAAGGUAAAAUCUUUGUUGAGAAUGUCAGAGAAGUUUCAAAAGGCUCUUUGUCUGGUUUGAAGAAAUUGCAAAAACAGGUCCUUAGAAAUGUGUUAAAUGAUCAAGGCAUUAUUGUAACAAGUGUUUAUGAUGGAAAACAUAUGAUGAAAAAGAUGAUGGGUAGUAGAAAGGUUCUUGUAGUUCUAGAUGAUGUGGAUGAUAUAGGCCAGCUUGAAGCGUUAGUUGGUGAGGCUACAUGGUUUAAGCCAGGAAGUAGAAUCAUCAUCACAACAAGAGAUAAGCAAGUGUUGAAAGCACAUCGAGUGAACAUUAUUCAUGAUGCAUGUCUGUUAUCAUAUGAGGAAGCAAUUUGUCUCUUCAGUAGGUGUGCAUUUGGGAGAGAGAUUCUAAAUCAUGGGUAUGAAGAGCUCUCUAGAAAAGUUGUACAUUAUGCUGCCGGUCUUCCCUUAACAAUCAAAGUUUUGGGUACAUUUCUUUUUGGUAGAACUCAGGGUGAAUGGGAAGAUACCAUCAAAAGACUAAAAACAAUUCCGUUGAAAGAAACUUUGGAAAAACUAGAAAUAAGUUAUAAUGGUUUAGAGAAUGAUCAAAAAGAAAUAUUUCUAGAUAUUGCUUGCAUACUUAAAGGUACAUCUAAGAAUAUAACAAUCAGAAUACUUGAAAGCUGUGGGUUUUGUGCUCAUAUUGGUCUAAGAGUUCUUGAACAAAAAUCCUUGUUAACUAUAACUAAGGGUAACGACGUUGCUUUGUAUUUUGAUGAUGAUGUUGAGAGGUUGCUCUUGCAUGACCAUAUAGAGGAAAUGGGAAUGAAUAUUGUUCGGCGCGUGCACCCUGAUGAGCCUAAUAGACAUAGGAACUUAUGGAUUAAAGAGGAAAUUGAAGAUAUACUAGUUAAUGAAUUGGGUACUGAAUCAACAAGAGGUAUAAAACUACGAAAUUCGAAUCUCCAUCCAGCAAUAAUUAUGAAAGGUCUUAAAAAAAUGAAGGCACUUAGAUUUCUUUGUGUGAAACCUGGAAUUGAAACAUGGCAAGUUGAUGAAUUUAACCAACACUUACCAGAUGCUUUACGAUCUCUAUCUUGGUAUGAUUACCCUUUUCAGUCUUUACCUAUUACGUUUGAAGCAAAUAAGCUAGUCAACCUUGAAAUGAUUGGGAGCAAGAUCACUGAACUUUGGAAAGGGGGAGAAAGAAAGGUUCUUGAUAAGAUUAGAUUCCUUGACCUCAGCCGUUCUAAAUUGAGAACCUUUGACAUUAGGAUGACUCCACAUCUCGAGAAGUUAUAUCUUGUUGAAUGUCGAGAUCUUCUCAAACUCCACAUGCUAGGUGAAUAUCCAAACCUCAAACUGAUCGAUCUUAGUGGUUCUGUGGAGGUGAAUAAGCUUCACCUUGGGAAGACUCCACAUCUUGAGAAGUUAAAUCUUACAAGAUGUUAUAAACUUUUAGAACUCCACUUGACCGAUGAAUGUCCGGACCUCAAAUUCCUUGACCUUAGUUAUUCUCAGGUGAAUAAUCUUAACCUCUGGAUGACUCCACAUCUCGAGAAGUUAAAUCUUAGCGGAUGUGCUCGUCUUCAAAAAGUUCAUGCUCCCAUGGGAUGUCUACAAAAUCUUUUGCACUUAAACUUAAGUGGUUGCUUGAGGUUUAAAGAUUUUUUGGUUGACAAACGAUGUCAAGCAACUGGUACUUUUAUAUUAACUGCAAGAACAACCGUAUAUGAAUGCCCACUGCAUCCUGAAAAUAAUUUGCCAAUGUUUCAGCUUAAAUGUGUUUAUGAUGAAACUAUAUCCUCAUGGAAUGGAAAUAUUGAGAAGCUUUUUUCUUCUGGUCUGUGUGCUUGCACAAACCUUGAGUCAUUUUUUGCAAGCAUUUGUGGUUUACAACAUCUAAGAGAGCUUAACCUCGAAAGCAGUAGUCGGAAGGUGCCCAAGGAUCUCAGUCAGUUAGAAAGUCUAGAGAAGCUAUCUUUGAGGAUGGAUAAGAUCAGGCAUCUUCCAGAUGACAUUUAUAUGUUGAAACGUCUGAAAUCACUUGAUCUUCAAUAUUGUUGGUAUCUAGAGCAGUUACCCAAGGAUAUUGGUAGAUUAGAGUGUUUAGAGGAGUUAAACAUAAGUAGGUGUUCAUACUUACAAGAUAUUCCGAUCAGCAUAUGUAACAUGAAGUGCUUAAAACGUUUACAUCUCUGGUGGUGUCCUGUUGAGAAAUUGCCAGAGGAACUUGGAUGUUUAGAAUUUUUAGAGAAGUUAGACCUAUCAAAUUGUAUUUUCUUACAAGAUAUUCCUAAAACCAUUUGUAAGAUGAAAUGUUUAAAACAAUUACAUCUCAUUCGUUGUCGUGAAGUUAAGACAUUGCCUGAGGAACUUGGAAGUUUGGAAUGUUUAGAGGUGUUAAGCCUUGAGGGGUGUGUAUCCUUACGAGAUAUUCCGAACAGCAUCUGUAACAUGAAGUGUUUGACACGUUUAAAUAUCUCCUAUUGCACUCGAGUUAGGAAAUUGCCGGAGGAACUUGGAUGUUUAAAAGGUUUAGAGAAGUUAAGCCUAAUGGGUUGUACAUCCUUACGAGAUAUUCCAAACAGCAUCUGUAAGCUGAAACGUUUAAAAUGUUUAAAUCUAUCAGAUUGUCAUCCAGUUCAGAAAUUUCUAGAGGAACUUGGAUGUUUAGAGUGCCUAGAGAACUUAAACCUAGGACAGUGUGCAUCCUUACAAGAUAUUCCGAACAGCAUCUGUAAGAUGAAAUCUUUAAAAUGUUUAGAUCUCUCAGAUUGUCAUCAACUUCAGAAAUUGCCAGAGGAACUUGGAUGUUUAGAGUGUCUAGAGGAGUUAGACCUAACAGGUUGCAGAUCCUUACUAUAUAUCCCGAACAGCAUUUGUAAGAUUAAGUCUUUAAAAGGUUUAUAUCUCUCCGGUUGUAUUCGAGUUCGGAAAUUGCCAGAGGAACUCGGAUGUUUAGAGUGUUUAGAGAAGUUAGACCUAAGACAGUGUGCAUCCUUAAAAGAUAUUCCGAGCAGCAUCUCUAAGAUGAAAAGUUUAACACAUUUAAACCUCUCCCAUUGUAUUCGAGUUGAUAAAUUGCCAGAGGAACUUGGGAGUUUAGAAUGUUUAAAAGAGUUGCGCAUAGAAGGUACAACCAUACGUUGUCUUCCGCGGAGCAUGUAUCAAAUGGAAGAUUUGUGUUUUGAUGGGUCUAGUAGGGAUCUUGAGUUGAGUGAGUGGUUUCUUUCCGACUGUGUCAAUGGCGAUUAUUGGUGA